UCUCUCUCUCUCUCUCGUCAAAUCCUUCAAACCCCACUUUUUACUCCUGCAAAAUACAAACACCCUACACAUUACUCCUAUAUAUAACACAAUACAAUACCCUCUCACAGCUCUCUCUCUCUCAACUUGAACACAGUAGUGCACCAGCAACCCCAGCCUGGCCAUAGCCACCGCCAAACCGAAGCCAUGCAGCAAAAGAAAGCAGAGGAGAAAGAGAAAAAACCCAAGUUCUGCAUAAACGACCACACCGACAUCCUCACUGAGAUCCUGAAACGCCUCGACGGGCCGUCCCUCGGCGUCGCUGCCUGCGUUUGCCGACUCUGGAGCGCCAUUGCCCGCAACGACUCCCUCUGGGAGCACCUCUGCUUCCGCCACGUAGCCUCUCCGGCCCCCUCCUCCGUGCGACCCGUCGUUCUGGCCCUCGGAGGCUACAAGCGCCUCUACAUGGUCUGCGUCCGACCCGUCCUGAGUCGACUCGGCCACUCGGACCUUGUCAGACGCCGUUUCUGGACUCGCGACGAGGUGCAACUCUCGCUCUCUUUGUUCUGCGUCGACUACUACGAGCGGAGACUCGGUGGUGCGUCCGCAUCGUCCCUCAUGUUCCUCUGCAAGCCCGUGAACGUUUGAUUUGUUUACUUUUUAGCACUUUGAUCACUAGUUAUUAAUUAGUCUAGUAUGAAUCAAUAAACCAAGAAAAGGAAAUUUAUUUAUUACAUUAAUUAUUUAUUAGUAUUAUUUUUCCUUAGAUUCAGUAUUUGUAAUUUUUUUUUUUCUCUGGAAUUAAUGUGAAAAAUAAUUUAUUUUGAGAUGUAAUACAU